AUGGACACGUCGUACCCCCGCGAGGACCCCGGGACCCCGACGCCCCGUAAAGCCGACGGCGCCGCCCACACGGUCCUCACGCCGGGAGCCCCGCGCCCCCCACCCCGCGACCACUUGAUCUGGUCUGUCUUCAGCACUCUUUACCUCAACCUCUGCUGCCUCGGCUUCCUGGCGCUGGUCCACUCCAUCAAGGCCCGAGACCAGAAGGUGGCUGGGGACCUGGAAGCAGCCCGGCGCUUUGGCACCAAGGCCAAGUGCUACAACAUCCUGGCAGCCAUGUGGACGCUCGUGCCGCCGCUGCUGCUGCUGGCCCUGGUGGUGACAGGCGCCCUGCACCUGUCGCGGCUGGCCAAGGGCUCUGCCGCCUUCUUCACCACCAGGUUCGAUGACUCGGACUAUGACUGAGCCCUGGACACAGACCCAGAACCUGGCCUCACUGCUGGGUUCUUGGUUGCAGGCCCAUCCAGACCUGGGGUCCUGGGUGCAGCUUGGGGCCCCCAGCCCAACCUGGGCACCAAACUCUGACCUGAAGACUCCCUGUUCCAACCCCAGGGACCUCACCCCAACCGCGAGGGUCCCUGGCCCAGGGGUGCCCUGUCCUGUCCUGGGUGUCUGAGCUCUGCCCCCAGGCUUGGAGCUCCCUCCAGCUCACCAGCUCACCAGCUCAGCCUGAGUGUCACAAUUAAA